UUUGUCAUACAAAAUAAUACAAUGUGGCAACACUGCACAGUAAUUUUAGUGUUGUCAAAAUCGCAUAACCUCAAAAUGAUAUUAAGUAUAAAUGAAUUUUUAUGAAGUGUGCUAAUAAAGCAAUAAAUUGUGGUAUUAAUUAGUAAUAAUAAUGUGGUUUUUAACAAUAGUUAGUUAUUUCGCAAUAAUUAUACAAAUAUUUUUCACAACAAUAGCAAUAGCGGCCGGAUUGUAUUACUUGGCGGAAUUGGUUGAGGAACACACUAUUGUUGCAAAAAAAUGCAUUUCGUCAAUGAAUUUGGUGGUUACUGUGCUUUAUGUGCUUUUAUGGUUACUGGAAAGUUUUCCAACAUCUUUGAUUGUUUGCGGAUUAACAGCUCAAAUUGUUCAUUUUAUUAUACUUAAAAACUUUCCCUUUGUUGUGUUUUUAUCUCCUCCCUUUUUGGCAGCUGUAACUUUAAUUAUUAUAAAUCAUUAUUUAGCAUUUUCACACUUUGGUGAAUUUUACUACCCCUUUUCAGAGGUAAUCGCCUAUUUCACACUAUUUUUGUGGCUGGUCCCUUUUGCACUUUUUGUAUCUCUCUCUGCAAAUGAUAAUGUGUUACCAACUUUAUCUGAAAGAGCAGAUGUGGAUGUAGUUUCAAACUACUUUUCAAAGAAAAACAAGAAAUAUGGACUUCUAACAUUUUUCAAUUAUGCCAAAGACUCUCUUCUUCCAGUCCGAUCAAAAAAAGGAUUUUAGUUUUGAAAAGUGUUUGCAUCAUUUUGACUUAAGUAUAAUCGCCCAUUAAUUGUUUGUGCUUUUAAACUUAAAUUAGCCAAUGGAAUAAAACUAAUUGUAAUAACUUAUUAUUUUGUAUAUAUUUUAUUUUGUAAAAUAUAAUUUAC